AUGACGGAUGUAUUCAAGGUUUUCACAGCUCUUACUACCAUAUUUGGAAGCUGCGGAGCGGUCCUCAACCUUUUAAUUUGUAUUCUGUAUUUCAAAAAUCCUCAACUCCUAGAUGCACCCAACAUUUUCAUACUGAUCAAUUCAGCUGGUGACUUUCUUCAGUCGAUUAUGACAACUCCUCUCCUUGUCCUUUCCAAUGCACGUGGUAAAUGGUUGUUUGGAGAAGCGGGAUGUACUAUUUAUGCUUUCAUUACAGCAUUUUUUGGAUUAAGUUCCAUGAUGCAUUUUGCUGGUAUUGCAUAUGAACGUUAUUCCACAUUCUGCAGGUUUCUGGACGGUAAUAACGAAACGCAAUUCGGUAAAAAGAGAGCCAUAGUUCUUUCUAUUCUGUUAUGGUGUUACUCAUUUUUCUGGAGCCUGAUGCCGAUCAUCGGAUGGUCAAACUACUCUCUAGAGGGAAUCGGAACAAGCUGCGCCGUCAACUGGAGGUCACACGAAGCAACGCAUAUCUCAUUUACCUUCUGCCUAAUGCUGGCAUGUUAUGUACUACCUGUGGCUAUAAUGGUCUCCAGUUACUACAAAACAUAUAAGAUGUACUGUCAAUACUCUCUGCAGAAUAACUUGAACAACACAAACGUUCAUGCUAUCCGAGAAGCACUUGAAAAAGAACGUAAAAUGACUUGGGUAACCGUUGCUUUAGCAUCGGGAUUUCUAUUGGCCUGGACUCCGUACGUAAUCAGCACGAUUGUGGCAAUUUUGAAACCAAAUGUUAUGACAGAAUUAGCAGCCUCAAUCCCAGCCUAUAUUGCCAAGUCCUCUUUCUGCUACAAUCCAAUAAUUUAUGCUUUCGUAGACAAGAAAAUGCGUAGAAAGCUAGUGGACACAUUUUGCUGCAAGUCCAACCAAGUAAACCCUCUCCCAAUUUCAGGGUCGGCUAGCGUUGUCUGACCUGCCUUAGCCGGCAUAUAAAAUAGGGGAGGGGGCUAGAGGAGAGACUAAAAUUUUUCCCUCCAGCUUUUUAUUUACAGCACAUUUUGGAAUUUUGAAGAAAUCAAGUGACAGUCGCUGGCUUUGGUUUAAGAAUGUGGCAAAUUCUUCAUGCCCAUUGAUCACCAUACAUUGCCGGAUUUGAAAACUUAUUUGUGAAAAUCUGGUCAAAUAUCAAAACAGUUUCCUUACCUUGAUUAUUAUGCUAAUUCUCAGUUUCACCUUUCUUAUUCAUUACAUAUGGAUAUUGUUGAGUGAAAAGUGCAAAGCCUUUGAUUUUCUCGACAAAAUGAGGUAUGUUUUAUGGGUGGUGGAACUGCUGGAAGCCUGUGACGUCACCAAGUUGCCCUAUUGUCCGCCAUCUUGGAUUUCAGAGACCCAGAAUAAGAAAUCAGGUGAAAACGGAAAGAAUUAGUAAUUUUUGUUCUUGACAUGUAAAAUAAUUCAGAUUAAUAAGUACUUUGCUUCAUUUUAUCUACAAGCUUUAAUUUUAUCGUUAAAACAAGUUGAAAAAAAUGCGAAAAAAUACACAAAAAAGUUACAAUCUUCAUUACCCACUGUAGUUAAGUAUUAAUUAAAUUUCUUGUAAAAUACGCCACGUUCAGCAAUUGUUUGCCUUUCAUACAGUUGUGUAAUGUAUGUAUUUGUGAGUAUGUAAUAUUUUUCCCUUUUUUGCCUUUUAUUAUAAUUGUUGUUUAAAAUUUAGUAAUUAGUCCUUUGUACUAGUGUAAAUUAUACUAUUACAUGAGAAAUUUUUGCAAUUUGAUUGGCUUAGAGCAGUGGUAUUUCAGCUUAAUUUGAAUUACCUACAUGUGAAAAUUACAACCUUUUACAGGACGCGGGUAGUAGUGUAAACAAAUAAUAGCAUGAUUUGUGCGUGAUAUUUGGCAUAAAUGCCACUCGUGAUAUUUCAAAAUUGUCUCAAAUUUCACCGGCCUGACGGCUCGUGGAAUUACGCGGCAAUUUCGAAAUAUCACUCGUGGUAUUUAUGCGAAAUAUCGCUACAAAUCAUGCUAUUACCUAUACUAAAUAUCUUGUACAAAAAAAGUUGAAAAACGUGCAUUUUCAUACAAAAAUAACUUGAACACCUCCUACUUAUGACGUCAUUUCUCGUAACCAUUAGAAAAUGAUCAUUACCAAACUUGUCUCAAAAUGUCUUCCGUUCCAUAUACAGAAUGCUCCUGCAGAGUUAUAAAUAAGAUACAUAUCAUUCAAAUUUUGUCAGGGAGCCCUAACCAUAAUAAUGUUAUGGCGAUUUUAAAAACGUCAAACGGUUAGUCCAACUUUUUCAAGUUUCAGUCCAUGUCCAUCCUUCAGUACCAUCCGCAGCUACACACGACAGAAAACCGUUUCAGUGCCCAAAUAUAGUCUUAAAUAACAAAACUGGACCAUUAUUUUUGGAAUUCUAUUGACUAGAGAACACGUUUUAGCCUUUUGAAAAGUUAGCAAAUAGCGUGAAAUAGCCGCUUUAAAUUUACAGCGCGAAUCGCCCUUUUUAACUGUAGAUCAGAUUCGUACCCAGUCGCUGUUUAAGUGUUUUUUGGGGUGAGAAAAGAUUGGGGAUUAGGUUGAGGCGCGCGCGGGGUCUCAUGGGAAGGGAAGAAUUGAAAAAUAGCGUCUGGCAGAUUUCGUUUCAAUAUGGCGGUUCGGGAAGAAAGCAUUUGCGGCUAAAUAGAGGAAUCGAUCCAACUUCUGAUUGGUCGCGAUGAGACUUGUUAGUCUAUGUAAACGUCACUAAAGUGUAGCCUAGUAAGCAUGUCGCCUUACUCUCUAUGCGAUCGAAUCUCCAGCCCACGAUGUAUGGACGUCGAGUGUAAUUUGAAAUAUUAAUGCUUUUAUUAAGUCAUUGUUAUUAAACGUUCUUCACGACCUCAAAGGUUAGGUUUGUUUAAUAUGGCACUUAUUCAGCUGCGAUUCAGCUGGAACGAUCGAUUCCUUCAAUUAGCAAGGAAAGUGUCCCGGGCUAAAAACAAGAAUCGAUCCAACAACAACAACAUUAACGAUCCGCCGAUUUAUAGAUAGUAUCAGAGCUGAAAAGUUUCACUUGUCUUCUCCAUGUGAAAGUGAAAUAAGACAUUAAUUCUAAAAUUACGUCAUCAACGUUGCUAGUCACCCUACAAGUAUAAAAAAGGAAAACAUUUGCAAAUAAAAGCACGUGUUUAUAAAACUUGUCACCAAUACCUUAGUAUAGACAUUGCCCUUCUCUCUAGAAGUCCGGCCACUGGUCGAAAAUUGGAGUUGCACAAACUUGCUCUUAGAAAAGAUGCAAAAAAUGCAAAAACUGAGAAGUCAAUCUCGGGCAAAGAUGGUAAAUGCCACAUUUGCCUACUUAUUUACGCCCCGUGUCAAUGGAAAAACUCGACCUUUUACAGAUAUAAUAAUUUAUAGACUUUUUAUAAAGGUGCAAAUCAUCUCUCCUAAAAUGGUAUGCAAAUGUGGCAUUUACCAUCUUUGCCCCUGCCAGAUUUACUCCGUGUGCAAAUUUGUGCAAAUCCAGACGAGGUUCAGUACUCCUAGUUAAAAGUGUUUAGUGACAAGCACUGAAUCCAUUGACGUUUAUUGUCCCUCAUUCUUAUGUCAAUCUGCCGCAAUUUUCACAGCUAAACUCUUUUAUGGGGGGACUUUUUCAAAGGCCCUGCAAAAAUCUAAGAUUAUCAUGUCAUUAUAUGUUGAUCGCGCGUAGACGUAGAUUGAGCUAACGCUCAUCUCAGCUAACCAAUAAUCAUGAUUUUUUGCACCGGUAGCUCAAAAUGUUUCACAGCCUACUAGUUGUCUGAAUCGAUGACAAAAAAUUGGUCAAGUCAGUCAAGGCUAAGCUCAUAGUGACCAUAUUAACUCAUACUGACCAUAUUUCUGAAGCUGAAAAUGUAUGUCUGCCAAUAACUUUCAAUAUCAGUCAAGACUAAUAAGUUCAAAGUGACCAUAUUGUCACGUCACCUCUUUCGUUCUCGCGUAAAUUUGACGGUGUUUUUCUUAUGUUUUAGUAUCUGUUUUAAAUGUAAUUUUAAUAGAAUAUGUUUCAAGUACAGGGAAAACCUUCCAAAAUUAUAUAAGUAGUAUUCAAAUAGAUCCUAAAUACAUUUUAAGGUCCAUGACUAUUUUGGUUUUAUUCGUAAAAUAUAAUAAAAAUACCCCUAUUCAGGUACAUUUAUUGAGAUACACUUUUAUACAGGUUCAAAAUACAGGUGGUUUGGUAAGGGAUUUGUCGAACUAAACGCUUUUUAAAUUCUCCAUAUUCUUAUUUCAUUCGUACCACAUUUUGUAUCCAAAGAAUCGGAAAUAAUAAUUGAUCUACAACACAAGUCUGCAUUUUCAGUAAAAUGCGAGACGACUGCCAAGAUAUCGGCAAUUUUGAAUGAUGUCACUGGUGCCCAGCAACGCCAUGCAUAUUCCAUAAUACCUUAAAUGAACUCAACACUGAAUAAUCCAACGUUCUGAACUUUUACAAGGUUUCACACUCGUGUAUUUUCAAUUUUGUUUUGAACGCUCACUAUAAAUUGGCAAUUCAAACGGCAAGUAAGCCUUUCAAGUUUUUUCUUUUUGUUUUACAUUGGAAACUGUUAAAUAGGCAUUUUCCAAGACAACACGAAACUAUAUAGUCAAAAAGUAUCUUCCCUGAGUUUCUUAAGGGAGUAGAAAUGCCUAACAAUUUGGAGCGUGCCUAGCCCAAAAUUAAAGUGUUUGAUAGACAGCCAUUUUCUUUCUUCCGUUUAAGUCCUUGAAAGCAGGGCAAUCAAAUAGUGCCAGCAAGCGGCAAUUUCCUCAUUUUCCGCUGGACAAGAGUAACGAAGACUCUGAGGACGAGCUCGCCGUAAGAGAUUGA